AUGAACAACCAUCUUAAUGACUGGUGGUCCAAGAACUCUGCUAGAUGCAAGACGGCAGAGAAGGGAUUUGCUGAAUGUUAUCUCGAUUCGGCUGUCUUCUGGAACAUUUACUGUGAGCACUCGUGCCCUUGGGGGCCUGUGAAACCCACUGACAUCAUCGCGACAAUAGCCAUCAACCUUUUCUUCACUAAUUAUCACCAAGCUCUCAUGAACGGCCAAGCUACUGCAAUUGGUGCGGUCGCCGAAAUCGUGAAGACUGUUUCGCCACCUAAGACCAAGAACCCCAAAACCCCUCUGUUCUCGCCUAUCUAUGCUGUUGCACUUGGUCAAUUUGCUGCCCUUGGUCCUUUGCUCGGUAGCUCUGUAGCCGCUAGCAUGGUCUUUGCUUCUCUUACCGGUGCCCUCGGUGGUGGAGCUGGUCUAUUCAAUAUCUUGUUCCCAUCCAAGCAGGUUCAGGAGGUCCCCUGGGAAGGUCUCUCAGCUGCUCUUUCAGAAAACGUCAACGAAUAUCAAAAGAAUGUUGGCGCGGCAUUGACCAAGAUCCAAACCGAUUUCGACACAUUCUACUCUCUGGUUUCCAACGGCGGCUUUAGCCAGAAAAUGAACACCAAUCUGCCUGAGAACACCGAUUUCAUGUACCACAACCUUCUCAAGUGGACUCUGAAUCAGGCGCUGCAACAAGCAGACUACUUUGCCGUCAAGAACCCUGGUGUCGAUCCCCGCAAGAUUCCCAUCGACCCGUACGACUGCACCACCCUGGAUACAUAUGGCACCUGCGGCCCUAUCUGGUACGAUGGCAAGGAUUCCUAUGGCCUUGCGAGAGCAAAUGACAUUGGCAUGGAUCAGAUGAAGACUAUCCUGGACGCCGCAUUCUCCAAGAACUGGACCACGCCGCACGAGCUCUACAUUGACUCUCAGCAAUGCCAAGGCAAGAAUGGCUCCGAGUCCUUCGAUGUGAAGGACCUGUCGCUGAGUUGCGCUUCAAACAUCCCCGUCUGCGAAUUCAACUUCGACUACAACCCGUACCAGUCGCUCAUUGACCGCACCAACCCACCCGAGUUCAAGAACUGCCCUAAUCAGAGAGGCUACGGCACACCCAUGUUUUACAGCGAUGAUGCCGGUGUUCCUCUUUCGUAUCUUGGCCCCUUUUUGGAAUCAGAAGCAAGCCGUGGUCACUCGAUCAUCCCUUCAGAUGUGUGUGAAGGUUAUGGCCACUCGCCAGAUGCUACCAUUCUGUGA